AUGUCUUCUCAAAACUCGCAACCUCCGAAACCGAAAUCUGCGCUUGACGUUGCCGUCAACCAAUUAGUUCGCGCUUCAAUCGGUGGUGUGCCCCCCUCGUUACCAGACGAGGACUUGGACAAAUAUGUUGCCGAUCUUAUUAUGAAAGAAGCAGCUGCGAAAAAUAAGUUGUUUAACAAAGAAGGUAUCCGUGCUUAUUUGCCAAACACUGGGGCACCGCCUUCUAAUUUACCAAAACCAAAUAAACGUUUUUUGUUUAACAUUGUGAAAAGUACUGAUGAUCACAAUCAAGCACUCAUCAGAAAAGAGGAGGAAGAAGCUGCAAAAAAGUAUACCUCGUGGGUAAAUCGUUUAAGGAGCAGCGAUAAACAGCAAGCCGCUAAAAUUGCAGAGUCAACAACAUCAACAAUUUACAAAGAUACCUCACCUAAAGUAAUUUUCAAAGGCCGUGGAGAAACAAGCGACGGAUCAAAAAUGGAUAAAUAUUUCCGCAAAGAUUAUGAUCCGAUGCAUGAUAUAGAACCUUUUCUUGGGAACAAUGGGUGGUUUAUAAAUUAUGCACAAUUUGAGGGAUCUUUGCAAAAAGGCGGUAUUGACGAUAAAGAUGAUGCUAAUGAUAAAACCAAAAAAUCAAAGAAAAAAAAUAAACACAAGAAAAAGCAUCAUCGUCAUCACAAAAAAGAAAAAUCAUCAAAGCAUAAUCAAAAGAAAUCUCAUAAAUCAGAACAUAGCGGUGGUAAAUCUAAACGAAAACGCAAAACACAAGAAUCUUCAGAUUCAUAUGAUUCAGACGAUGAUAGUGAUUAUUCAACAAAUUCCUUCGAAUCUGGGAAGAAGUCAAAACAAUCGCGUCGUAAACGUUAUAAAAAAGACAAUCAGGCAUCGGAUGAGGAUCAUCAUGAUAAAAAGACGAAGAUUGUGCGUGAAUGGGAUAUGCCAAAAUUAGCAAAUGGUUCAUGGUAUUUAGAACAAAUAUCUUGA